CCGAAGCCCAUCUCAUCCCUCCCUCCCUCUCUAAUCCCUCUCCCUUUCUUCUCCGUCAUCUUGCUCGGAGCUUCUCCGGAAUCCUCCCGCCGCCGUCGCCUGGCUUGCUCUGAUGCAAAUCCGUUUUCCGUUCAGCCGCGGCCGACCUUCUUCUGCUUCUUUUUCCUCUUCCUCUUCUCCGCCCGAAUACGUGCCACUAAAGGCUAUAGACGGACCGACUUCCACCAAUAAUGGACCUUCAAAGCAGAAAGGGCGCUUUUUCGCUGUAGCCUGGCUCAUUCUCUUGGUUGGUUAUAUAUGGCUUUUCGUCGCAUUGUAUCAGAAUGGCCGUAACCGUGCAGGAUCCUCUACCAUCGUCAGAGAGACCGUGGGCCUAGAACCACAAGCGCGCAUAUUCAAAGAGGAUCAGAAAUAUGCUAACAGGCCAAACUUAACCACUAACAAAGCAUGGCUGGACCUCUUCCCAAUGCAGGGAGGUUUCUUCAGACACCCUAAAAUUGCGCCAGAACGCUCUACAUUUUCCACCUUCCAUCAACUCCAUUGCCUCGACGGAAUUCGUCAUGGCUACUGGUCCCUCUUUGACAUGGUGAUGCAGGGUCAAAAGAUGGCCGAGUCAGAGCUUCCACACCAUGCAUCGGCCCAGCACUUCAUGCACUGUCUGGACCUCAUCCGCAAUGCCAUGAUGUGCCAGCCUGAUUUGACGGUCGAAGUCCAAAAUGAUAAGCUCGGCGGCGUAGAAGGAUUUGGGACUGAACAUUCGUGUAUAGACUGGAAGAAGCUUGUCGAUUGGACGAGCGAAUGGGAGACAUACAGACAGGAUGAGGAUGAACACCGGAUGGGUGACUAUGAUGAUGAGAGGUAUCAAGAACAUGGUCAUGCUCAUAAUCACCACAAGCGGCCUUGAAUCCGUUACUGUAGAUUCGAGACUACCUUUUGACCUUCGGCUUUUUACAAGUGCAGAAUAGUCUUUCGUUGCGAAAUCCCCACGUCAUGUGAUCGCGAGGAAAGUACGCGCUAACGCGUUGUUGCUUCUAG